AUUUAAUAAAAAAGGUUAAAAAAAAAUAUUAAGUUUAAAUCACCCCUUUUCCCAAUCAAUUUUCCAUAUAAAAUAUAUAAACAACAGAUGCUCCACAAUUGUUAUCACACGAAUACAAGUAGUUACUAAAACAGUCAUGUCAGGAGAGGUGACAGGUCCUCUUUAAUUUUUUAUUUUGUUUUGUAAUUUGCUUCACUUUACGCAUUCAGUAACCCUCAUACCUGGUUUUCAACUACUUCUUCAUUCCCAAGGCCCUGUGGGAGUUCCCUAACCCCAAGGGAAUUUAUUAUUUCCCUCAUGGCAGUUUUCUGGUGUCAAAAAGUCACAAACACUGCGCUUGUGACCUUUUUUUUAACGCCACUUGCACAAAAAGCAAGUGUUGCAAGUGUUUCUUCACUGUCCUCGCUACUUUCCGAAAAAAUGGGGGCGUAGCAAGGGAGGUUCAGCGACACAUUAAUCUGCUUUUUCAACAGUUCUCUGGCAUAGAUUUCGCCCAAUUUCUGACUAGACAGGAGCCUUAUCCUAAAUAGGCGCAACCUCCGGGGACCUCCUAGACUAAAUUCCCCCCAUGGUCUCUUCCCUGACUGUCUUGAUUUGAAAAUGAAGGAGCACAGCAGCUCUGCUCUCCUCUCCCUUCCGGACACUGUUACACAGCACUUCCUCCCCCUCUCUGUAAACUGCUAUAGGUCUAAAAAAUGGUAAUGUGAAAAGUAUAAAUAAUAUACUUUUUUUUAUCAAUUUAACAUUACAAAAUACAUUUUAUAAUACUUUUAUCUGCUCACCAAGAUCUAAAUUCAGUGGUGGGGAUUGUGCACCACCGCAGGAGAACAUCAGCGACGAACACGAGGUAGGAGCUGAGUGCAUGCUCAGUAGGAAACAAGGAGAACUCAGCACUUCACCAUGUAACAGAGGCUCGGUAAAUCGAAGCUCUGGUGAAGCUCUGAGCUCUGCCCGUGACCUACUGCACAUGCACAGAACCCAGCGCUUCGACAUGGAACAAAGGAUCGGUUAUUCAACAGAAAGCUUCUGAUUGCCGAGCCUCUGUUCCAUGAUGAAGCUCUGAGUUCUGCGCAUGUGCAGUAGGUCACAGGCAGAGCACAGCGCUUUAUCAUGGAAGGAAGCAAGUAAAAGCUCCUGAUUGCAGAGUCUCUAUUCCAUGAUGAAGAGCUGCGCAUGUGCACUUCAUCUUGGAACGGAGACUUGACUGCUCACGCUUCCGAUCGCCUCCGUUACAUGAUGAAACACUUAUACAAAGUACAUCCGCGAGGAGAGGGGAGGGCUUACAACCAACCAGUUAUGUAGAAGAGGAGCAUAUGAAGCACAUACAAGCUGGGAAAGAAAAACUACUAAAUAUUUUUUUAAACAUCACCAACUGGAGAAGUGAUUUGCACCCCCCAGUUAGGUGUACCUAUGGAAAAAUGUAUACUCACCUGCUCUCUUCACUGGUCUUCUGCAGCCAAUGACUAGCUCCAUUGGCGCUUUGUCCCCGGCACAUGCCGCUUGGGGACUUGUCACCACUGAGGGCAGUCAUUGACUACAGCGGGGUAUGUGACCCUGUCUUUCCAGAAGGUGACAGACAAGACUUGUAAGACCAGUGAAAGAAAAUGAUCACUUUUUAUAUGAAGGCUGUGGCUCGGUUUAUAUGCGUCUGGUAUACACUAUUUUUCUGGAUGCCAUUUACCUGGAAGCCGCUGUCUAACGCCAUUUACUGAAUGAUGCCGUGUAUUUGGUCAUGGUAUACACUAUCUGGAUGCUAUUUACAGUAUACACUAUUCAUCGGGAUGCUGUUUAUCUGUAUGCUGAAUGACACUAUUUGGGCAUGGUAUACACUAUCUGGACACUGAAAUUUAUCUGGACAUGGCACUCAGUAUUCCUCUGGAUGCUAAGCUAUUUAUCUGGGCAUGGUACUCCCUAUUCCUCUGGAUGCUGAGCUAUUAUUCUGGACAUGGUACUCAGUAUUCCUCUGGAUGCUGAGCUAUUAUUCUGGACAUGGUACUCCCUAUUCCUCUGGAUGCUGAGCUAUUUAUCUGGACAUGGUACUCACUAUUCCUCUGGAUGCUGAGCUAUUUAUCUGGACAUGGUACUCACUAUUCCCACCGCAUUCCAGUAUAUAAUGAGGGAUACUAUAGGCACUUCUGUACAUUUCCCCGCACGCAGCAGGCCGGCAGGCAGUCCAUACAUUACUCGCUGUUUAUCAGGAUAAGAUCCAGACUUGCCCAGUCAUGUUCUCUGCCCUCCUGGAGAUGUGCCAGGACCUGACCCGUGACCACUAGGUGAGACCCCCUCCUGCAUACAAGACGUGACGGAACUCGUCUGGCUCCACAGUCCUCCUCAGUCCUGCAGGCCAGGCGCUCCGCUCCCGCCAACCUUCCCCGAGUGCAGCGAGCCUUAGGAAGAGGCAGCGUCUACAGGAAGUGACUUGUACGGCACAUUAUUAACGCCUUUCUAUCCGUGUACACUGCAUCAGUCUUUCUGUACCGCUCUGCUGGGCGGGUUUCCGGUGACGAAAGGGUUCAAAGACGAGUGACCGCGUCAUGGUACCGGGGCACGCCGGGAGUUGUAGUCCGUGUGUCGUGGUUGCAGCAGAAUGUGAAUAGGAAGCUGUAGUUACAGGCAGCAAGUAUUAUGUUGACAUUCACAUCUAACAGGACGUGUAUCUAAAACUGUUUACGUAAGAUACUAGUAAAUAAAUAAGAAAAUGGAUGAAGAAUCCAAAAGCUUACUUCUUCAGAAUCGAGUAGUGCUAGCGAAGGAUAUCCGCUCCUCCUACAUCAUGGACCAUAUGAUAAGUGAUGGGGUCAUUACACCACAUGAGGAGGAAAUGGUUAAAAAUAAGGCUACUCAGCUUGACCGAGCAAACCAGCUCAUCAAGAUCAUUCUCGGCAAAGACAACCAUGCUUUUAAUUCCUUUUACAAUGCUCUGCUACAUGAGGGCUACAAAGACUUGGCUGCUCUUCUCAAAGGGGCGACUUCCCUUGAUUUGUUCAGAAGCGGCAAAGCUUCAUCGAACGGUAUCACAUCAUAUGUGAAAACAGCCUUAUGUGAAGGUGGAGUGCCACAGAGACCAGUUGUGUUUGUCUCUCGGGAGAAGAUGGUAAAGGGCAUCCAGGACAGCUUGUACCAUUUGAAGAAUGAGUCUGGCUGGGUGAUAGUGUAUGGCAUGGCAGGCUGUGGCAAGUCAGUAUUAGCCGCUGAAGCUCUCCGGGACCACAGCAUUCUUAAAGACUGUUUCCCCGGGGGAGUCCACUGGCUUUCUGUUGGCAAACAGGACAAAGCAGGUUUGCUGAUGAAGCUGCAGAAUCUGUGCACCCGUCUGGAUCAGGACUGCAAAUAUUCCCAGAGACCUCCUCUGAAUGUUGAGGAAGCCAGAGACCGACUUCGCCGCCUCAUAAUGCAUUCAUAUCCCAGGUGCCUCCUAAUUUUGGAUGACGUUUGGGAUUCCUGGGUGUUGAAGGCAUUUGACAUCCAGUGCCGUGUUCUCAUAACAAGUAGAGACAGAAGUGUGAUUGACACCGUGUCCGGGAUGAAGCUGUUUGUCCAUGUGGACAGUGAACUAGAACACCAGAAGGGCUUAGAAAUUCUCUCUCUUUAUGUGGACACGAAAGUCGAAAAGCUGCCAGAAGAGGCGCAUAAUAUCAUACAAGAGUCAAAAGGCUCGCCUCUCGUAGUGUCAUUAAUUGGCGCACUGUUACGAGAAUUCCCCAGCCGCUGGGCUUUCUACCUCAAACAGCUACAGAGGAAACAGUUCAAGAGAAUAAGAAAAUCCUCAUCGUACGAUUAUGAAGCACUGGAUGAAGCCAUGUCUAUGAGUGUGGAUAGGCUAAAAGACGAUGUAAAGGAAUACUACAAUGAUUUCUCCGUUAUAGAAAAGGAUGUGAAAGUGCCAACUAAGGUUCUGUGUAUCCUAUGGGACAUGGAGAGCGAGGACGUGGAGGACAUGCUUCAGGAGUUUGUCAACAAGUCACUGUUGUACUGUGAUCGCAAUGGAAAGUCAUUUCUGUAUUAUUUGCAUGAUCUCCAACUGGAUUUUCUGACAGAGCGAAACCGUGCACAACUGCCUGCUCUUCACGCCAAGCUUGUCAGUCAGUAUCGCAAGCGCUACUUACACGGACUACCUACCGUGGACCAAGAGGAUUAUACAUACUGGUACCAUUAUCUAGCGUACCAUAUGGCACAGGCCAACAUGCACCAAGAACUUUGCUCCCUGCUGUUUUCAUUUGAUUGGUUAAAAUCGAAGACGAGAUUAUUUGGGCCUGCUCACCUCAUUCAUGAGUUUGUGCUUUACAGGGACAUUCUCGAUAAACAGGACAGCAAAGCACGUGAAGAUUUUCAGGAGUUUUUGUCUGUAAACGGUCAUCUCCUGGGGCAGAAUUCUCAUAUAAACAUGGUCCAGUUGGGGCUUUCUCAGCCAAAUGAGUCUGCAGUGUAUAAACAUGCUAUUCAACAUGUCAAAGAAGAACUUCAGCAAGGAGCACUCUAUGUCAACUGGAUAAACAAGCAAAGUAUGAAGAACCUGGCCAGCCUAGCAGUGCGUCCUCACACAGAGGCAGUGUACCAUGCCUGCUUUUCUCGGGAUGGACAGAGGAUUGCCUCCUGUGGAGCUGAUAGAACCUUACAGAUCUUUAAAAGUGCAACUGGGGAAAAUCUGCUUCAUAUAGAAGCUCAUGAGGAUGAAGUUCUGUGCUGUGCCUUCUCACCCGAUGACAGAUAUGUAGCAACUUGCUCCGCCGAUAAAAAAGUGAAGAUAUGGAACGCAGUGACGGGGACCCUGAUACAGAAUUAUGAUGAACAUUCGGAGGUGGUCAGCUGCUGCCAGUUCACCAAUGGAGGCUCUCCUACUCUCCUUGCCACAUGUUCUCAUGACUGCUUGCUCAAACUGUGGGACCUUAGUAAGAAGCAUUGUAAGAACACCCUUUUUGGCCACGGAGACUAUGUCAACCAUUGCAGGUUUUCACCAGAUGACAAGUAUUUGGCAAGCUGUUCUAUGGAUGGCACAUUAAAGCUCUGGGAUGUAUCAUCUGCUAAUGAGUUCAAGACCAUUGAUGUUGCAGUGUCUUUCCAAGAAAAUGAUGAAUCUCAGUUUCUGCUGAAAUGCUGUUCUUGGUCUAAUGACUGCUCCAGAAUUAUGGUGACCGCACGUAAUCGCCUUUAUAUUUUUGAUGUAGAAAGCAGUGAUCUUGUGUCUGAGAUUGAAGCGUGUGAACAGAGCACUAUACUGUAUUGUGACUUCUGCACAACAAAUCAGAUUGUAGCAAUGGCACUGUCACAUUAUGUUGUCCAGCUGUGGGAUAUAGACUCCAGUACAAAAAUAGCUGACUUCAAUGCACAUUUAAGUUGGGUCCACUGUGUCAAAUUUUUUCCAGAAGGGUCUUCGUUCUUGACAUCUUCAGAUGACCAGACAGUGAAGCUUUGGGAAACAAAUAAAGUGUGCAAGCCCUCAGGCACAAUCCUGAAGAGUGAAUUUGAUGUGGUGUUUAGUGGCGAUGAAGUGACUGUUUUGGCCCCUGACAAGGAAGAUCGGUUACUGUUAAUUAAUGGAAAGACUGGAGAUUUGGUUUGCCAGAGCAGCAGACAGGACUUUUUAUUAACAUGCUGCUGCCUGCGCCAUGAUCAACAAUUAGCAGCUGUUGGUGGAGAAGAUGGAAGUGUCCAGGUUUUUGAUUUGGUCACUGGCAAGUUUUUGAAGCACUCACAGGGUCACAGCGGAACGGUGCAGCAUUGCCAGUUCACCCACGAUGGGGAGUGGCUGGUAUCAAGUUCUGAUGACUCAACAAUCCAGGUCUGGAACUGGUCAUCUGGAAAUAGCUUUUUACUACAAGGACACAACGAAGCUGUGAGGUGCUUCAAAAUUCUUGAGAAUGCCAAGCUCCUGUCCUGGUCAUUUGAUGGGACUGUGAUGGUAUGGGACCUUCAGAAUGGACGCAAAGAAGAUGUACUUCAGUGUCACAAUGGUGCUGUCCUGUCUUGUGAUGUUUCAUCUGACUCACUGAAAUUUUCAACUACUUCAGCUGAUAAGAAUGCCAAGGCUGCAAAAGAAGCCUGAUCUGGCCGAAAUAUUGAAGCAGCCCUGUCAUGAGAGACUCGUAUAGUUCAUUAAAUAUCUGGAGUUUUGCUGGAUUAUCUCUUCUACAUGAGCUGAGAGGUCAUCAGAGCUGUGUGCGAUGCUGCAAC